AUGGGCGUGAUCAAGAACUACGAUGAGGCCAAGACCAGAAUCAACGACUUUUUACAGAACUUCUACAAGUCUGACGAAGAUGGUAACAAGAACUUUGUUUACGCUGACAAGGUAACUGACUUGGCCGCUAGAAAAUUUGUCGCUUUGUAUGUGGAGCUGGCUGAUGUUAAUGUACAUGAUCCCGACUUGAAGAACGAGAUUCAGAACAACACCAGGAGGUAUCAGAAGUUGUUUGCUCAAUGCAUUGAUGGUAUGAUUGAAAAAAUUCUGGACACCAUGGAAGCUCCUGUAUUAGAUGCUCUUGAUGCCUUUGUGUUUCAACGAAGAUACGUCGACAAGAAGGAGCAGGAGACGAAACAGGAGGGCAACCAGGUACCAGAAGACCCAAAGAAUUCUUAUCCAGAGGAACUGAUGAGAAGAUUGUAAGUGACUUUUAGGUAUCAAGACAUUAUCCUUCAAUUAUAGAGACUUAUAUUUAAAGGUAAUAUAUUGCAUAUUGACUAUACAUUUUCAGUGAGAUCUACUUUAUCCAAGAGCCAGUGGCACCACAACUCGCUGUUAGAGAUAUCAGAGCCAACUGUGUUGGAAAGCUUGUCACAAUGAGAGGUGUUGUCAUAAGAGUUUCUGACGUUAAGCCUUCUGUUAGUGUUAUCACGUAUAGUUGUGAUACCUGUGGUGCUGAGUUGUACCAGACUAUUUCCACAAGGUCCUUCCAACCUCUGAUCGCGUGUCAAAGUAAGGAUUGUGUAGACUCUAAGGCUGGUGGACGAUUGCAACUACAACACCGUGGGUCAAAAAUGCCAAAGUUCCAGGAGAUUCGUAUUCAAGAAAUGGUCAGUUUUUGUUUUGUUUAGUAUUAUUACCCCUUUGAGUCUGUAUCUUAAAUUUUAUAUUUAGAGCGAUCAAGUACCAGUAGGAAGCAUUCCCAGAGCUACUACGGCUUUCUGUUACGGAGAAAACACUAGGAAAGUACAACCAGGAGAUCAAGUACUUGUCUGUGGAGUGCUUACUCCAACUUUAAAUACCGGAUUCAAACAGAUGGGUGGAGGUUUGAUCACUGAUGUUGUACUAGAUGUUCACUUCAUCAAGAACAGCAGGAACGACGCCGAGGAGUUUGUGGACGCUGAAAUGACAGAAGAAGAAAUUGACAUUGUGUCUCAGGAAAACAUUUACGAUUUAUUGGCUUACAGUAUUGCUCCUGAAAUCUAUGGUUUGUCAGAUGUCAAGAAGUCGCUACUUCUGUGUUUGGUUGGUGGAACAGACGCUCAAGAGUCUGGAAUGAAGAUUAGAGGUAAGUUCUAUUAUUUAAUGAGAAAAUAUUAAUAAAUUCCAGUUAAAACUUUAAUAAAAAAUUAUUUCAAAUUUGCGUUUAGGUGCCAUUAACGUCCUUCUGGUCGGCGAUCCAGGUGUGGCCAAAUCUCAACUGUUGUCUUACGUCGACAGAUUGGCUGUCAGGAGUCAGUACACUACUGGUCGUGGGUCGUCUGGUGUUGGUCUGACUGCUGCUGUCGUUAAAGAUGCUGUGACGGGAGAAAUGACAUUGGAGGGUGGUGCCUUGGUACUCGCUGACAAAGGUAUCUGCUGUAUCGAUGAGUUUGACAAGAUGAUGGACGGUGACAGAACAGCCAUCCACGAAGUCAUGGAACAACAGACCAUCUCAAUUGCAAAGGCUGGUAUCUUGACCUCGUUGAAUGCUCGUGUAUCUAUUGUCGCUGCCGCCAACCCAGCAUUUGGAAGGUAUAAUCCGAAACGUUCGAUUGAGGAGAAUAUUCAACUGCCAGCUGCUCUUCUGUCUCGGUUCGACUUGUUGUGGCUGAUCCAGGAUCGCCCUGAUAGAGAUGCCGAUCGUCGUCUGGCUGAGCACGUCACCUUCGUACACAGAGAAGGUCAUCAGCCAAAGGCCGCUAUGGAGCCAUUACAUAUGGAUCUUGUCAGGCGAGUAACUUAUUUCAUAUUUAAUUUUUAGGGAAUGUAAAUAAAAUUUAUUUUAUUAUUAUUUUUUAUGCAUUCAACAAUUAAUUUUGAUUAUUUUAGAAAAUACAUUGCAAUUUGCAAAAAGAAGCAACCUAGAUUUCCAUCCAGUUUGACCGCCAGGUUGGUCGAAAAGUACGUGCAAAUCAGAAACGAUGCCGAAGAAGUUGUGAACUCUACGUACACGUCUCCUCGUGUGCUUUUGGGUAUUAUUCGUUUGAGCACUGCUUUGGCUCGCCUUCAUUUGAGUGACGAAGUGUCGGCCGAACACGUCGAUGAAGCCAUUAGGCUUAUGGACUCCGCCAAGGCUUCUUUGGCUCCCAAAGUUAUGGAUGUUAGGAGGUAAGUGUUGUUUUUGAUAUUAUUUAUCUCUUUUUUUUAACUUAUAAUAAUAACGGUUGAUUACUUAAAAAUCAUUGAAAACAUGUAAAUUUUCAGAAGAAAGAACCCUCAAGAUGAAGCAUUCGAUGCCAUCCGGGAGUUCUUGGUUGAAUCUGGCCACAACAACGUCACCAGAAGAGACAUCAUCAGAAAGUGUGUAGCCAAAGGAAUCGACGAAGAUGUCGUGCUACAAGGCAUCGAAACCUGGACGAACUCUGGAGUGUUAUUCGAAGAUCAAAACAAGCGCCUCAGAUACACACUCGUCAACUAA